ACUUACAUAUUCGCUUUUUAUGAUACGUGUGCACAUUUAUGUUAAAAUUUUAAAGGAAUUAACAAUUUGCAUAAUAAGCAGCCUAGCGUUAGCAUCAGAACACGAGGUUAUUUUGUUUACAACCUAGGACAUUAAUUUUUUUAAUAUGGAAGAUAAUAUGAGUCUCAAUGCUGAGAUAAAAAUUUCUGAAGAUUUUUCUUAUCUUGAGCGUGAAGAAUUUACUUCCGAGAUAUUCAAGAUCGAAAUUCGGAAUUUAGGAAUAUUUGGAAUAGGUGAACUGAAAAAAUUACUAAGAAACCAAUUUUCAUUGGAUGCAAGCAAAAUUAAAUCCCCUCGAAGGCGAGAUUUUGCGUAUGUGUGUUUUCGGACACAGGAAGAUCAGGAAAGCGCACUAAAAAAGUUGAAUGGUUUUAAAUGGAAAGGGAAAAUAUUGAGCGUAUCGCCAGCGAAGGCAGCCCCAGAUCCACUAGCAAGGAAACGUCGGGAAGAAAAUAGUUGCCCAGGAUUGUCAAAAAGAAGAAAAACUUGUCUUGAGGCCACUUGCCCCUUAGGUCAUUUAAAGUACGAGGAGCAGGUGACUAAAAAGAAAAUUGAAAUGGAAGAACUGUUAAAAGUUUUUGGAUGUGAAUUAAAAAAACUUAAUCCACAAGCAAAAAAUUUAUGCUUUAAAAGUAAUAGUAUGGAUAUGCCGUGUGAAUUUCUAGGCUUGAAACUCUCUCCUCAGGUUGAUGGUUAUCGUAAUAAAACGGAAUUUGCAGUUGGAAAAAACGCGGAAGGUAGUAUUGUGGUAGGGUUUAGAUUAGGUAGCUACGCAGACGGUUCAGUGGAAGUAGGCUCUCUGGAAGGGCUACCCCACAUAUCAGAGAAAGUAAAAUUGGCUGCAAAAACUUUUGAAGAAUUUAUAAUAAGCUCUAAAUACAAAAUAUUCAAUCCAGAAAAUAAUUCAGGUCAUUUUAAACAGCUGGGUGUAAGAAACUCUGUUACAAGUGGAGAAAUUAUGCUUAUUAUAGGCGUAUACUCUGGAAACUUAAACAAUGAAGAAAUUGAAGGGUUAAAAAAUGAAGUUACAGAUUUUUACCGAAGUUACGACGAAAAUAUUUUCAAGUGCGACAGUCUUUAUUAUCAAGAUUUGAAUCGCCGCGAUGCUGGUCAAAUGAUGAAUCCAGUAGACCAUCUUCUUGGGAAAACUUAUAUAACUGACGAAAUACAUAGCCUUAAAUUUAGAAUAAGCCCUUUAGCUUUUUUCCAAAUAAAUACGAAAGGUGCUGGUAUUUUAUAUGAAAAAGUUAUAGAGCUGGCCAGACCAACGAAAAAUACUAUUGUAUUAGAUAUUUGCUGUGGUACCGGAACUAUUGGAUUAUGUUUUGCGAAGCAUUGUAAAAAAGUCUUAGGCGUUGAAAUCAUUCCUGACGCAGUUAAAGAUGCUGAAUAUAACGCAAAAGAAAACAAUAUUAAAAAUUGUAAAUUUUUUACUGGUAACUCAGAUGACUACAUUCAAACCAUGGUUAGAGAAACAUAUUAUGAAAAUGUUGAAAAGAAUGAAUUAGACAUUGUUGCAAUUGUCGAUCCGCCAAGAGCAGGUCUACAUAACCGUUCUAUUCUUGCUUUGAGAAGUGCACAUGGUUUAAAUCGAUUAGUUUAUAUAUCAUGUAAUCCAAAAAGUGCUCAGAGAAAUUGGUUGGAUUUAGCUAGGCCAGAGUCUAAAUCUUACAAGGGUCAACCUUUUUUUCCUAAGUUAGCAGUAGCUGUUGAUAUGUUCCCACACACAGCACAUACCGAAAUGGUCGUAUUAUUUGAAAGAGUCACAGUUAAUGACCAAAAUUUAAUAUAAAACGAGGAUAAAAAUUUUCAGAAAAAUGAAAUUGAUGACAAAUGUAGUGUAAAAAAUUUUUGUAAUACGUGCAGUUUUGUUUAAAAAAAUGGCUAAAAAUUAAAAUUUUACAAUUCUAAUUCAAAGAUUUAUUAUUAAGCAGUAAGUAAUAAACAAUAAUUUCCA